ACGGUACCGGCACACUCACUGCAUGAUGGCCGAGGGAGGCGGACCCGAGUCGGGUGGCGCGGCAGACUCAGACUCGGAGCCGGUAGCCGCACAAAUGCCAACCCCUUCAACCGAAAGUCAAAAACAGGCUAUCGGGUCACUAUUAAAAACAACUCUGAGGAAGGGUGACGAAUGGUAUCUGAUUGACAGCCGGUGGUUUAAACAGUGGAAGAAAUAUGUGGGCUUUGACAGCUGGGAUAUGUACAAUGUUGGAGAACAUAGCCUUUACCCAGGACCAAUUGAUAACUCUGGACUUUUCUCAGACCAGGAGACUCAGACCCUGAAAGAGCACCUUAUAGAUGAGCUGGACUAUGUCCUGGUACCCACUGAGGCAUGGAAUAAGCUUGUCAGCUGGUAUGGCUGCCUUGAGGGCCAGAGACCCAUUGUCAGGAAGGUUGUUGAACAUGGCAUGUUUGUCAAGCACUGCAAGGUUGAGGUCUAUUUGCUGGAGCUAAAUUUGUGUGAGAAUGACAACAUGGACAAUGUGGUCACACGGCAUUUCAGCAAAGCUGAUACUAUAGACACUAUAGAGAAGGAGAUGAGGACACUGUUUGACAUCCCAUCUGAGAAGGAGACGCGUCUCUGGAACAAAUACAUGAGCAACACUUAUGAGCAGUUGAACAAGCCAGACAGCACUGUACAGGAUGCUGGCCUCUUCCAGGGACAGGUACUUGUGAUUGAACGCAAGAAUGAGGAUGGCACAUGGCCCAGACAAGCCUCCCAUCCCAAAUCUAGUACAACCCCAUCCAGGAACUUCACUACCUCCCCAAAACUUUCCUCCAACUCGUCAGCCAGCAUCUCCUCAACAGUAACCAAUGGAGACAGCAGCUGUAGUACUGGCUACGCACUCAACAACAGCACCUCCUCUGGCAACAGAUUGGGGGGCUACAAUUCCUACAGCUCCUCCUACAACUACAGAGAGUCUCAGUCGCAGCCUGGCCUGUGUGGUCUCAGUAAUCUGGGCAACACAUGCUUCAUGAACUCUGCCCUCCAGUGCCUGAGCAAUGCAUCUCCACUAACGGAGUACUUCCUUAAUGACCAAUACGAGGCAGAGAUUAACAGAGAGAACCCCCUUGGAAUGAGGGGUGAGAUUGCAGAGGCCUAUGCUGAUUUAGUAAAGCAGAUGUGGCUUAGCCGUAGCAGCUAUGUGGCUCCACGUACUUUCAAAACCCAGGUUGGACGCUUCGCUCCCCAGUUUUCAGGCUACCAGCAGCAGGACUCUCAGGAGCUGCUGGCCUUUCUUCUGGAUGGGCUCCACGAAGAUCUGAACCGGGUCAAGAAGAAGCCUUAUCUUGCUCUGAGGGAUGCAGAGGGUCGUCCAGAUGAGAUCGUCGCCAAGGAAGCUUGGACAAACCACCGCUUGCGCAAUGACUCAAUUAUAGUUGAUAUUUUCCACGGUCUCUUCAAAUCCACUUUGGUGUGCCCAGAGUGCUCCAAAGUGUCUGUAACCUUUGACCCAUUCUGCUACCUCACGCUGCCUCUGCCCAUGAAGAAAGACCGGACUAUGGAGGUUUUCCUGGUCCGAUCAGACCCGCAGUCCAGACCUACACAGUAUCGGGUGGUGGUCCCCAAACUGGGUACAGUCACAGACCUGUGCAGCGCCUUGUCCAGACUCUGUGGAAUCCUUCCAGAAAAUAUGGUGGUUGCUGACGUUUAUAAUCACAGGUUCCAUAAAAUUUACAGGCGGGAUGAUGGUCUUAACCAAAUCAUGGAAAAAGAUGACAUCUUUGUAUAUGAGGUACAGGAGGAGGACAGUGAAAAGAUGAACCUACCAGUGUAUUUCAGGGAGCGACACUCCAAACAUGCCGGAAGCUCCACAAGCACCAUGCUGUUUGGUCAGCCUUUACUCAUCACCGUGCCCAGACACAACCUCAUAGCUGAUGUUCUCUAUGAUAAGAUCCUGGAGAGGAUUGGACGCUAUGUGAAACCCUCCCCGAGCCCAAGUAGCGAAAACAGGGCAUCAGCCUCAGCCACCUUUGCCAGCUGCAGCCAGGCUCCUGAAUGUUCUACAUCAUCUACUCUCAACGCCAGCCUGGGUGGCUGCGGCAGCCCCCUGUCGGAUGGGGCCUCAUGCAGCGCCAGCUCCAGUAAUGGCAGCAACCACUCAGGGACCUGCAAUGAAACUAAUGGGCUAUAUGACGGAGAGGAGGAGGCAAUGGACCACCAGGUGAGUCCAGAGCCAGAGAAUGGUCAGUCUGAAGAGGAGGAGGAGGAGACAUCUGACUUGGAAAAUGGGCCUAAAGGAGAAGCGGGCAAGCUUUGCUCUUCACCAGCUAAGCUCUUCACUUUCAGCAUAGUCAACUCUUAUGGAACAGCCAACAUUAGCCCGCUGCCUUGUGAUGGAAAUGUCCUUAAACUUAACCCACAUUCCACAGUGGCGAUCGACUGGGACACUGACUCUAAAAAACAGUGCUAUGAUGAACAGGAAGCAGAGGCCUAUGAGAAGCACGAGAGCAUGCUCCAGCCACAGAAGAAGAAGGCCACUGUGGCGCUGAGGGAAUGCAUUGAGCUCUUUACAACCAUGGAGACACUUGGGGAACAUGAUCCAUGGUACUGUCCCACAUGCAAGAAACAUCAACAGGCCACAAAGAAGUUUGACUUGUGGUCACUGCCGCGCAUUCUGGUAGUUCAUCUAAAGCGUUUCUCCUACAAUCGAUGUUGGAGGGACAAACUGGACACAGUCGUGGACUUUCCCAUCAGGGAUCUAAACAUGUCUGAGUUUGUGUGUGACCCCAAGGCCGGCCCCUACACAUACGACCUCAUUGCAGUGUCAAACCACUAUGGAGGAAUGGGAGGAGGGCACUAUACUGCUUAUGGCAAGAACAAAGUGGAUGGAAAAUGGUAUUACUUUGAUGACAGCAGUGUUUCAUCUGCCUCGGAGGACCAGAUUGUGACUAAAGCAGCCUAUGUGCUGUUCUAUCAACGCAGAGAUGGGGACGCUCCCUCCAAACCUCAACCUUCAGCCUCUCUGGGAGGAGCCCCCGAAGCAUCAGAUGACCACAUGGACACAAACUGAGCAGCCCAGUGCAAAGCGACACACACUCAAGUGCAUAUGGCAAAUAGAGACACUUGGACACACACACAAAGCUUCUUUAGUGACAGAGGACUCCACAGACUUAACAUUAUUAAAACACCUUCUCCGUAUUUUAUUUGGUUUUUGUCUCAUUUGCUGUCAACUAGAGCCACAGCCUUGUCAGAAGAGUGACCUGAGAGACUUCCUUCCUGCAGCAUCGGGCCCGCUCAAUUCUCAAAUUAGUUUUGUCUGAACUAUGAGGAACAUAAAUGGAUAUAGAUCCUCACACUGGAUGAACAGAAUGUCAAAUACCCACUAAGCAUAACUAAACAAAUGAGUCAGAAAUAUUAAAAUAAGCCAAAUGCACAUGUUGUUUCAACCAAAGCGUUCCAAGAUAUUUAUACAUACCAACUGUUAAGACAAAAGCAGGAUACUGGCACUGUGCCUAGAUUUCUCUCUGAUAUUAAUGCCGUGCUGAAGUAAAUGCAAAUAACUAACAGUGUGAUGUGCACACAGAACAACAUGUCAUGUGUGGGUCUGUUAUUGUCAGGGAUUUUUCAGUUGCAGACUAGCUGUGGCGCCCGUCCUGCUGCCUCUGUGUUGCAUUGGAACACAGCAGGGAUGUCUCAUCAUGACUUGUGACAGAAGCUGUUUCACAGCCUUGCUCCUGUUCUCCAACAUUUUUAUUUUUUACUUUUUUUUUUCGGUUUUCUGUCACUCAGCAUGGACUCUGCUGUCUCUCGGACCCUAAACUAUGAGAAGAGUCUUACCAUGCUGCCCCCACCCCUUUUUUUUUUUUUUUUGUAUAAAUCCUGAUGCGAAAGCGGCCUUUUGAUUCCUGCAACCUGAUAAAGAAAGGAGGCACUUUGAAUUCUCCAUGAAUACAUUAUCUACCUGCUUCUGGUGUAUUUAGACAAUAUAGAAUUGUAUGGUUUGGCCUAACCAUUAUGGAUUAUGGUCAGUCAUACAUUUCCAGAUCAUUUUAAUGUGUCUUUUAAGCAUAUUUUGCUGCCUGAUUGGACCCCUUAGCUCACCUGCAAUGGCUUGCCCUUAUUAGUCUUGUACAUUAAUGCAGCUCUGUAUUGAAAUGGCUAUGUUAUUUGAUAUCUUCAAAGCACACAGAGUGAAGCAAAAUAAACUAGUAUACAAGUGGUGCUUUA